UGCAAUUGUAGCACAGCUGCCUGAUUUACGAUUAGCCAGAAAGAAGAGAGCACAAGAUUGUGUGUGUUUGUGUGUGGCAUUCCAAACGAUUAGGAGAAUACGCACGGUCAUUUAAAUGGGGACAACUCUAGUGAUAUCAACAGUAAUUGCAAGUGUGUAGCAGCUGAAGUAGACGGACAGAGACUUGAAGGAUACUAAUUAGGAGGAUCAUUUGCGUGCUAUUAAUAUUAGAAGUGGAAUAUCAAUGUUAAUUUAGCAGUUAAACUAAUGCUGAACAAGGCGUUAAAGCACUCGAAUAGACAGCCAACGGAACCGAUGUUCAUUAAGAAUGUGCGACAGUCGGAAAACGGGACAGAGGCAGACAAAAAGAAGCAAUUGGUAAUACGAAAAAGCAAUAAUAAUGAGCAUUACGAUCUGCAAAAUGAAAACGAAAAUCAGACGCAACAGCAACAACUACAACAGAAGCGAGAAAAGCUUCGGCGCACUACCGAAAAUGGUACAAAAAGCUCGCGAGCUUUGGCGUUCUGCGAGAGUUGCUGUAGAGAGAGACACAAACAGCAGCAGCAGCAGCAGCCGGAGCAGCAGCAACAGCUGAAGCAGAAACAGAAGCAAAAGCAAAAGCAACAGCAACAUCAACAGCAGCAACAGCAGCCUGGCAUUGUAGCUUUUUAUCGGUCGUAUGCGGAUUCAGUGUCUGAUUUGUCGUCGUAUCGUUUUGUCUCCGAUGAGGAAGAAGCCAGCGAUGAUGCUGAUGCCGAUGCCGCUGCCAAUGAUGCCGAUACCGAUUAUGAUGAUGAUGAUGAUGCUGAUGACGAUAAUGACGUUGGCGUUAGCUCGCUGUUGGUCCCGUGUAUAGAAAUAGAACAACGCGAGCCAAAAACAUCAACUAUCACACCACAACAACAAACAACAACAACAGCAACAUCGGACGAGACGGAGACAACGGAUAAAGCCUUAAAAAAAGCGAAAACGACAUACGCGUCAUCGGUUUCCCAAUCGCGCACAGCUCGCAGCGUGUCACCAAUAAUUUGUUGUUAUAAAACUAUUGACAAAAUAAAUCAGCGCCAGACAGCCGAGCAGGAGCAACAGUUUACUGAAGCGACAGCCGGAGCAACAGCAGCAGUAAGAGAGACACCACAGACAACACGUUGCUGGCCGACUGAGUCGCAAGGAUAUUCGAAUAAUUGUGGCAACUAUUUGCGUUCCUAUCGUCGCUAUCCGCCGCCCGUUCCGCCCAAGCCCAAGUAUCGCAUUUGCCUUGAGGUGACCGCUUGCAGUGGCCUUGCUGUCGAUGCUGAACCCGCGCUGAAAACGCGUCGCCUCGAAAGAGAUGGAGACGAUAAACGAACAUUAAACUACAGUGGUAGUAAUCCAUUGACGUUGACGUCCACAAAUAAUCAUAACCGUGGAGACGGAAUUAGCAGCUGCUGUGAUUGCCAGAACGCGCUGCCAGUGGCAGCUGAAAAUAGCUGCAAAUUGCAUGCCAUUGAGACAAAUAACAACAACUACAAUUGUAAAUUAGAUACAAACGCAACGUCGACGAAUCGAACUUGUAUAUUGCGCUACGAUCGUUACGGGCAUCUGAAACAAGAGUUUACGAUCGCGCAUAGUGAAUCGCCAUCCUUGUCGCCAUUGCCAUCGUCAUCGCCUUCGCAAUCGGAACCGGAACCGGAAACUCAACCGAUAUCGGUAUCGUUAUCGUCGUUAUCGGAACGCGUUCUAGUUAAUCGACCGGCAUUAAACACGAAUCCCUCGGACUUGCAUUUAGUGAAAUAUUCGCCUCCUGUGAAUCGAGCAAUUGCUGACGUUGCCGAUGUCCAUAUAGAUUUAAAUUUACCAAAUGAUUUAAUCUCAAAUUGCAGUGAGAAAAGCGUCUUUAUAGACAAUUUAAACAGUACAAACUCAAACCCAUCAUUCGCUAGCAUUUCGGUUCAUAAUCUAACCUAUGCCAGCGGCUAUCUACUGGACUAUUCAUUACCCCAGCAAUCGGUUCAGUUCAAGCAACUUCCGGUUAUCCAGACAUUUGAUUGUUCCGCAUACGCUUAUGCACCACUGGGACAAAGGUGGCAGACAGAUCGCACAAUGGAGAAACGACGUAAUACCUUGGAUCGCUUUCAACUUUUAGCUUUCGGCCGCAAAUCAUCAUCGACAGCUGCUCCUGCCAACGAUUCGCGAUCAUCGAGCAGCGGGGAUAAGCAUCGCAAGAUAUCCGAUCGAUCCGAGCGGCUCAAAGAGUUGACAGAACUUUUGCGUGGCAGCAACAGUUCGCGUGCCUCAUCGACACCAACACCACCGCCAAUACCACCGCCACGCAGGCCGCGAAUACCGCACAACGGAUCGGGAACAAGUGGCAGCCUGGAUCUCCAGGAUGUGGCAAGUAGUCAGGCUGCUCCGAAUGCUCCGGAUCACGAUGAGAUGCCGUCCACUGCGCGCAGUCAAUUACAAAAGCAACUCAGCACAAAUAGCAACAGCAACAAUAACAACAAUAACAAUGGCAGCUGUAGCGGCAGCGGCAGCGGAGGUGGCAGCAACAGCAGCGGUAGCGGUGGCAGCGCCGCAGGUGGAGGUGGCAACACAAAUACACAACCCUCAACAGCCGCACGACUCUUUCACUCAAUUAGGCCAAACACGAGUCUCUCCAACUUGGAAGCUUUCAUGUUGGGCAAUCGCGAGAAGUCGAAAUCAUCUCCACCGCUAACUGUGGGCGAUGAGCUCGAUCCAGCCAGCAGUAGCGAGUGGGCAACCCAGCUGGCCGGAGCAGAGUCUCGCAGUGGCAGCCACAAUAGCAACAGCAACAGCAACGCCGCAGCAGCGCACGCAUCGAAAGGCAAAUUACCAUUUCGUUCUGUUUCGUUCUCGCAAAUCGAUUGUAAAUCAACUUUAAGUGCUUUACGCGAUCGACUGCGUCGGGACAAGGCCAUUGAGAACACGCCCACGCCCACCCCGACGCCCUCGCCGUCGCCCGUUCCUCCGCCGCCGCCGUCGUCGUCGUUAUCUGUCGAUCUGUUUUACGAGCACGAGCGUUCGCGCAUUAUUCCCGACCCGGGUUGGGUGCACAUACCCCUUAAGAGCACUGGGGUCUGCAUUAAUCUCAACUACGGUCAAGAGAAAUCGCUCGAACACGUUCUCGAAGACGUCCCAGACUCUAUACCCGAAGAGGAUAUUUUCAACACAGACAGCAGCAGCAUUGUCGGCAUUAUCCCGGCCACGGCGAGCAGUGUCAUUGCUGCGCAUGCCAAGAUGGAAUCCCUCUCGGACACUAUACACUCGGAGGGCGAGUACACCGCCAGCGAGGAGUGUCCGCCGAGAAUUAAGGCAAUUGAUCCGCCCAUCAUUGUGGAGCCCGAGGCAAGUCCCACAGCCAGCACACCCAAUUUGGUCACAUUGCUGGAGGAGUCGGCACCUCCGUCGGAUAAUGUGCUGCAGACAGCCACAACAUGUUUAAUCCCAGUGCCGGUUUACGAAUGCGCCGCCCAAGAGUGGCUGGAGACGCCCGCCCAGGAAUGGGUUGAGUUGGCGCCCGAAUUUGGCAUUGUGCCACAGACCACACAGCCUCCUGUAUCGCAUGCCGCCUGCAAGAUUACGCAACCGGAAACGUUGACGACGGCGCUGCGUGGCGAUUUAUUACCCACCAUCUCGGUGAGUCGCAGUUCCGAGGAGAGUGACGAGCGUGGCAAGGGCAACGCGUCUCCCCACUCCGAACAGGGUGAAAUGUUUAAUCAAUCUGUGGAUGAGCAGCGAGCACAAUAUAGUCCCGAUGAGCUCGAUUUGGAACUGCGCCAUUCAGAUGCAACGAUUGCAACGCCGCGCCACAGCUCAGGGGAGCGGCAUAAGCGGCAUCUGGAAAAGUCGACGAAGCGCAAAGGCAUGUACAUAGAUAAUUCGGAUUGGCAUCGACGCGUGGAGCAUCCGCAUCCUGGUCUCGCACUUGAUAUAUCCAUAGCGAACUUUCAGGCCAUUAAGCCGGAUUCACCGACGGACGAGUCGCACAGUCCGGUGAUGUUUGACCUGAACACACCGGAAAUGGAUAAGGGUUCGCCGGUGUGGCGGGGAUCACAGGAAAAGCCGCAGCUGCUAAGCAGCUUUAGCUGCCAGAGCAGCGAGGAAAAGGACGAUGCCAGCAGCAGCACCACCAACAACAAUAAUAGUAAAACUAAUACGUUCCUGCAAACUGAUUCCAUGUCCGAUACCGAGGAACGCAUCAGUUGGAGUCCAACGCCCACCGGAGAUUACGACCACAAGCGCUAUUCAAAGCGUCCGCUAACUGUGCGUGGUCCAUACGGUCAAAUGCUGGAGGCGGAGCUGAAGAAACCCAAUCGCAUGCAUUUCGAGGAGAUACUCGAGGAGCUGCGCGAGUCGGAUAGCCAGUACUCGCGCAACGCUGUAGCAAAGCCACUGUCGGCGGGCAGCACGCGCAACAACAUGCCACAAUAUUCAAAUUCAAUGCGUGUGCGUAAAUCAAACGCAUAUUUGCCGGUGCCGUCGCAUGCACGCGCCGCGUCGACUCCAUCGCAAAUCGAGCAUGUCAGUAAACAGGUGCCAACAUUGCCCAUCUCAGUCUCCGCAAAGGACCUCAAUGAAACGCUGGCCACUGCCGAUAAGCAGGCGCAGCAUCAAAUGAAACGUGCCGCAUCCGAGGCACCCGCAACAAAACCGCAUCACAGCAAGCGCAGCCAAUCGAUGAGUGCGGAUAGCAAAAGUCAACAUCAUCACGGUCAUCAUCAUCAUCACAGUCAUGGCUCCUCCAAGCGUAAUCCUGAUGCCACAAACAGCAGCAGCAACAGCAACAACAAUAACAACAGUAGCAGCAACAAGUCAAAGGCGCCACAUGCCACUAGCGUGCCACCCACAGCAGCCUUGUUGGCCGAGCUGUUGAAAGGCUCCAGCGAAAACAUGCUCUCUGAGCAGCGCAAAAAAACGAUUGCGGACACACGCAGUUAUGUGGUGCAGGAGAUUUAUCGGAACGAACAGUCCUAUGUGGAAUCACUGCAAAUCGUUGUGCUCAAGUAUCUGAAGGUAUUGAAAUCCCCAGAGCAUGCUGGCAUGAUUGAUACCCGCACUGUGGAUGAGAUAUUCUUUAUGGUGCCCGACAUACUGGAGAUACAUGAAAAGUUUCUUGGCGAGUUGAAGCAACGUCUCGAUGACUGGGAUAUACAGCAAAAGGUUGGCGAUGCGUUUAUCGAAACGUUCUCGAAACUUGAAGUACUGGAAGUGUACACAUCAUUUGUUAACAAUUGCAAUCGGGCCAAGAAUGCCAUUCGCUCGAUGAAGCAUCAGCGACCCUCGUUUGCCAAAUUCCUGGAAUCCACAGCCCGCGAGCACAAGGGUAAACUCACCUUGGACAAUCUGCUCAUUAAACCAGUACAAAAGUUUCCCAACUAUGAGCUACUCUUCCAACGCCUGAUCAAGCACACGGAUCACGAUCAUCCAGAUCAGAAGCAUUUGCAGGAUGUGCUCAAGUUGGUCCAUGACAUAUUAGUCCACAUCAAUUGCAAGGAACGUGAGAUUAUGGAAAACGGACAGAGAGAGGCGACUCUUCGUGAAUUGGAGGGUGUCAUUGAGGGCAUCACCGAUCUAAUAGCUCCUGAGCGUCAGUUCUUAUUGUUUGACUUGGUGUCGAUGCCAUCGGGUCAAGGAGCGCGCAAGGAUCGUGGCUUUUUCCUCUUUAAUGAUCUGUUGGUCUUGACAAGCAUCAAAAAACGCAGUGGAACUAUUCGUAAACCAAACAGCUCAAUAUGUCCCGGCUCAGUGGCAAGCACUUUGGAUACCAACAAAUACAAGUUCCUCACCAAAAUCUCAUUAGAUUGCCUAGAAAUUGUUAAGACUAAAGAUGAGAACAUUAAGCGCAUUGUUAGUGAAAUUGAGAACCUGGCUGAAGACUGCAAUAAGCUGCAACAAAUCACAGAUAUUACGGCAUCUUUAAAAUCCCCUCAUCAGUAUCUGGAAGAUGUUAUACGGGAACUGCAUCGUGAUAUCCAGCGACAGUUGUCCGAGCGACAGACAAACGAUACACAACUCAAUAUGCUGGAGCUGACAGUAAGCUCACCGAACGGAAGUCAAAAGCUGACUGUGGUAUUUUCUAAGACAGAGAAGCGCACCAAUUGGGAAGAAUCAUUCAAUGAAGCUAAACAAAAGCUGGCCGCCACACUCGAGCGCCAUCCCAUACCGGAAUUCCUCACCUCCAUACCGAUACGGAAGACACGUGCGGGUCUGCAGUUUACCUGUGCGGCAGCCACGUUGAGCGACAAGCGCGAUGUUUGGGUUUGCAACAGCGAUGGUUAUGUGGGUCAGGUGUGCAUCAUGUCGCUACACCCGGAACCCAAUGUGACCAGUUGUAAUGGAGUCUGCAAUGCUCGCAUCUUGUGUGUGGCCUCGGUGCCGGCGUACAGCAGCAGCGAUGACCCCUCAGCACACAGUGGUAGCACCCAGGAGGAUAAGCAGCCGCAGGAGUUGCGCAGCAGCAGUGCACCGCAUCAAAGCUACACACAACAGCUGCGCGAUUAUCGUAAAAGCAUCUCCCCCAUUGCCCAACCCGUUUCGGCACUAACCACGGCCGCUGCCGCUGUCUCGGUGUCCGCAUCGUCGUUGGCGACGCCGGAGAAGAAGAAAAUUCCCACGCCCAUUAUUGGCAAUGGCGCUGAGGGCGCCGCCAGCCAAAGUGAUACUCAGCUAGAUUUAAAUUUAAGUUCCAGCGAUGAUGAGGCGGAUGCUGCCCCAGCUGCGCCCAUUGAGCAACGUGUUCCCAGCCCCGCUCCCUCAUUGCAUGCCACAUAUCAUAUGCAGCAAGACUCCAACCCCGAAGAAAGCGAAUGCAAUCAAUCAACCAUGUGGAUAGGCACUGAAGAUGGCUGCAUCCAUGUCUAUAACAGCACUGAUAACAUUCGCAUUAAGAAAAAUCGAAUUAAGAUUGAACAUCAUUCAGCUGUCUUUUCCAUACUUUAUCUGGACAAUCGUGUUUUUGUAUCAUUGGCAAAUGGCGAUGUUUGUGUUUAUCUUCGAGACGGUGCCACAUCUUGGAAUACCUGCUUGUCGCAUUGUCUUUCAAUUGGCACUGUUACCAGCCCAGUAACAAAAUUGCUUAACGUAAAUGGCAAAUUGUGGUGCUCAAUACAGGGAAUAAUUAAGGUUUUGGAUACUGAAACAUUUUCGGUUGUUAAUCAAAUCCAAAUCUCAUCAGACUCGAAGCCAAUUACGAACAUGACAGUUGCCAAUAAUUAUGUAUGGAUAUCUAUACAGAACUCAGCACACAUUAAAUGCUUUCAUUCCAAUACCCACCAAUUGAUUACGGAAGUAAAUCUUGCCCCCGCUGUGAAUAAAAUGUUAUCGAAUUGUGACGAGAUUAUUCGACAACAUAAGGCCGCAUGCCUUCGUGUAACUUCGCUGCUCUGCUGUAAGGAUCUCAUUUGGAUCGGCACAAGUGCAGGAGUACUGCUGACAAUACCCACCCAGAGUUAUGAGAAAGGUGCACACAAUAUUGUGCCCACGGGCAUACCUCAUGGUCAUACCGGACACGUUCGCUUCCUUACGUUUGUGGAGACGCCAUCACCAGAGGCGGGUUCCCAAAUGGCGGCAGCGGCAGCUGGACGUGACACUGGCAGCGGCACCAGCGAUGAAUACACGAAACAAGGUUCAACGAAGAACGCGAAAUCCAAAUCGGAAACCAAAAAUAUAUUGAUUAUAUCGGGUGGCGAUGGCUACGAAGAUUUCCGAAAUUCAGGUGCCAAUUCUCUUAGUGAAAUUGCUGGACGCGAGGACAGCACCAAUCAUUUAUUGAUAUGGCAAAUUUGAAGCAGAAGACGCAAAAAUCGCUGGCGGUUAUUGCUUUCCAGGUGGAAAAACAACAACUGAGGUCGACUUUUAAUGCAACAGCGUAUUUGAUAUGGAAAACAUAAUGCUUGAAAGCGCAAUUGAAAGUAGACUGCCGCGAUUUUUAUUAUAAUAUAUAUUCUUGACAAGUUGUUUACCAAGUUGCCAAUACAAAAACAAAACAAAACACAACUUUAACAAAUUGAACGUUGGUUCGAACUUAUUGCAACCGUUUGUAUAUGUUUAAAUUUAAUUAUCCUUUCAUACGAUAUACAAUUACUAUAUACAUAUUUACAUAUUUAUAUUUACCAUAACUGAAUAAUUAGCUCGGUUCAGAAUUUUUUGAAAUUUAUGUAACUUCUAUUUAAUAACAUGAGAAAACAAAAUGAGUAACUAAUAGUGCCAAAUAUAUUUAUUGCGCCACACAUUCUGAAUGAAAUUAUUAAAUGUAAAAUCAAUAACCACAGCUAGACCCAAUGGAGCUGCUAUAAAUAUUUCAAAUCCUACAUACAAAUAUAUAUACAUAUAUAGAAUAAUGAAUAUUUUUAUAAAGUAUAGCAAGUAUGCGGACUAAAUGUAAUAAAUGUAUUCUAGUUGGAGCUAUGUAGACAUACAAUACAUGCCUACAAACAUGAUAAUGAAUACAUACUUGAAUACAAAUAUUAAUGUACAUACUACAUACAUACAUACAUACAUACAUAUAUAUUGUACUUAUGUACAGAUGGCAAUUUAAUUACAAUUACAGAUUACAAUUACCAUUACAAUUAUGAUAACAAUUAAUUUAUCCUUAUUUAAUGAUAUUUAUAUUAGAUGUAGUCAUACAAGUUCAUAUGAAAUUAAAAUUAAAUCAAACACUUUAUCGAAUUUAUUCUAAAAAUAAUCAUUGGAUAAACAUGCAAAUACAAAAACCAGAAAAUAAUAAUCAUUAAAAUGAACUUAUGAGAAAAAGAAAACAAAAAUCAUUAUGCUAGACAUAAAUUAAAUUCGAUGUUUGCAACCAAAUAAAUUUAUAUACUAGUAUAAUUGCUAAUCGUUUUCAAAACGCAUUGUAAUAAAAUUGUCAUGCAAGAGAAUUGAAUUUGAAAAAAAAACAAAAAACAAAAAAGAAAAACAAAGCUAACAACCCAUACAUACCAAGUGAUAUUCGAGUGUUUUGGGAAUGUAUUAACUACCGUAACUUACGAGUAUGUGUAUAUUUUUCGAAAUAGCAUGUUACUACUACCUUUAACUUGACUACUGCUAAGCUCAAAAUAUAUUCGCAGUUUUGCGUAUAAGUUAAACAACAAAUAUAUAAUUACAAAUUUAAAUGAAAAACAAUCCUUUUUGAGCAGUUAGAACCAUUAUUAAAAAAAAAACAACUCUUUGGUCAAUAAAACGUGUGUUUUGUUACGAUUUCACGAAACUUAAUUCUGAAUUUAAUGUAAUUUCAUGAAUUUGUAUAGCGACGUUAACUUAACUCUUUUUACUUUCAAUUUUGCAAUUCACUAGAAUCAUUUUUGUAAUGUUGAUAACAUAUUUGUCGCAUUAACUGCAAAUUGAAAAUAUUAUAAAUUCCAUAGCUUAAAUGUAGUAUUUAUUGUUACUGAACAAAGUUGGUUUGUUUGAUUCAUAUUGUAAAUCCAUAGCUAAUUUCUGUUCUUGAUAUCAACUACCAUAAUUGGCAGACUUAUGAAAUAUACAAAUGUGGUAAUCUCUGCUCUGCUAAAUGCAAAUGCAAAUGCUAAUUGUAAUAAGUAUUUUUGUUAAUUUAUUUCAUUUUGAUGGCAUCGGACAAUUGUUAUCCUACCUCUAUAAAUACCAGCAGGUGUUAGAAUAGAAAUUGAGAUACUUAUACCAGAAAUAAAUCGGAAACAGAACUGUAAUAAUACAUAGAUUGUGAAAUACAUAUAUGUAGAUUGUGAAACAAUAAUUUCCCCUUUACAAAUUGCAAAGUAAGAUUUAACAAUAAAACUAAUAACGUGUAAAAUAUAAACAAACAAACAAAAAAAAAACAACCUAAAAACAAAUACGGUUAUAUGUGUAUGUUACCUGUUAAAUAA